AUGAAUACAAACACACGAAGAGACGAUAUUUGCGAGUCAAAGACAAUUGAUCAUAGAAAUGAUAAUGCUGAAUAUAACGUUACAAACUGUAAUAUGCACAACCACUGCUCACGUAGAUUUUCUUCCACAUAUAUACCUACAUUACCAUCUACGUUCGGUAUGUUAACUCCCCCGCUGACACCAGAAGAGAAUGAACCCAAACAAAUGGAUGACAUAAACAUCAACGACUAUUCACAUCUGGCUCCACAAUACUCUAACGCACUAUUUGGAUCAAACACAAUAUCCCACACCAUGCCUUUUCCCCCAAUGCCACCAUCGCCUCCAGAGAAUCUGCCUUUCGACUCAUCGCCGAUCCUCACGGCAGAUGAAUUUAAUUCCAUUUUCGAAAGCUUUGAUGUUGUAUAUGAGGACAGGAGAACCGAAUGGACGGAUUAUAGCUAUGACAGUCAACGUAAAUUUAAUGAUUACGAAGAUAUGGAUGAACUAAAAUUAGAUAACAGAAACUCUGAUUAUGGAUGUGUCUACGAUGAUGGAUGCACAAAUAACAACGCUCAUGACCACCUUGCAUUAAUACUGGGUAAUCUGUCCGUUGACAGAUAG